CUCCAUAAGACCAUCUUCCCCCUUCCUGAAGAACUUGUCCGAAAUCCACGGCAUUGCCAUGGAGAGGUGGCCAGCGCCAGCCCGAGGGGAGCUUCUCAUCUCUGAGAAGAUGGAACACGAGCCUCGAGCUAGUGCUGGGUCCCUGGCAAGCGAGUACCACGCCGCCUUGGUCACAGGGGACCUGCGCCGCCUUGAGCCUCUCUUGGACCAGUUCUUCCAGGACGCCAACAUGGUGUUCGAAAUCAAGAAGGAGGAGAUGGAGUGGCAGGUGAAAUCCCUGGCCACGUUUGGCCUCUCAGGCCUCUGGACCCUGGAGUACAAGCGGGAGCUGACCACGCCCUUGUGCAUCGCGGCGGCCGGAGGCCAUGCGGACUGCGUGCGCCACCUGCUCAGCCGCGGCGCGGACCCCGACGCCAGCCCCGGCGGCCGGGGGCCCCUGCACGAGGCCUGCCUGGGAGGCCACACGGCCUGUGCCCAGCUGCUGCUGCAGCACCGCGCCGACCCCGACCUGCUCAGCGCAGAGGGCCUGGCGCCCCUGCACCUCUGCCGCACGGCCGCCUCCCUCGGGUGCGCUCGGGCACUGCUGGAGCACGGCGCGUCGGUGCACCGCCAGGGCGGCGCGGGCCGGGACACGCCGCUGCACGUGGCGGCACAGCGCGGCCUGGACGAGCACGCAAGCCUCUACCUGGGCCGCGGGGCACGCGUGGACGCCAGGAACUGCCGUGGCGAGACCGCCCUGAGCACCGCGUGCGGCGCGGCGAGGCGGCCCGACGAGCACGCGCGCUGCCUGCGCCUGUGCGCGCUGCUGCUGCAGCACGGGGCGGCGGCGGAUGCUCGCGACGAGGACCAGCGCAGCCCGCUGCACAAGGCCUGCGGCCACGCGCCCCCCGGCCUGGCGCGCCUCCUGCUGCAGCACGGCGCCGACCCGGCGGCGCUCGACUACGGCGGCGCCUCGCCGCUGGCCCGCGUGCUGCAGACAGCCGCCUGCUCGCCCCAGGCCACGCCGCAGCACACCGUGCAGGAGCUGCUCAACCACGGCUCCCCCACCGUGUGGCCGGACGCCUUCCUCAAGGUGCUGAAGACCUGUGCGCCGGCCCCUGCGGUCAUCGAGGUCCUUGUCAACUCCUACGCUCAGCUCCGCGUGUCCGAAUCCUGGAAACAGGCGAUUCCGGAAGAAGUACUUCAGAGGCACCGGCCUUUCUACCAGUCUCUCUUUGCCGUGGCGCACGGCCCCCGCCGUCUGCAGCAUCUCUGCCGCUGUGCCAUUCGCAAACGGCUCGGCAAAAAGUGCUUUCGCCUCGUUCCCCUGUUACCUUUGCCGAAGUCCCUGCAAAAUUAUCUCCUUUUGGAGCCAGAGGGUGUUUUGCACUGAAAACCAGAGCAUUUGGACUCAGGGUCUUGGUCUGGUCUUUGCCCCUUCCGCGGCGGAUGGGUGGUAAGGAGAGCGCCCUAGAUGGGGACGGGUGGGCCCCGGGUGGGACCUGCCACGCCCCCUGGGGGAUCUGCAGGCCUCCCCGAGCUGCCCGUUCGCCUGGGGAUUGGUGAUGAGCCCUUUCUGCCUCUCAGGGUUGCUUGUGAGGAUGAAAAUUCUGAAUAUCAUAGUACUUGUAUCAGAAAGUACCUUUCCACAGAAGUUGAACUAAAAGGUGUACACCUUUUUCUAUGGUUCGUCUCCUGUCCGCAUUGAUUGGCAGCCUUCAGACCCUCUGCCUCCUGGGAAAUACCCCACCCUUCCUGGAGCGCUGCCAUCUGGAAAAACUGUCCUCAAAACAUGACAGAUGUGCAGAUUGAGGGAGGACGCUUGCUUCCAUAACAAGAACACCCUCCCAGAAGCCCCCUCACCUCA